CGACAAGGGCUACACGAAAGUAACAAGCAAGCUACACCGGUUUGGGCCUGAAUUUUUGGAGUUCGAACCGCGUCGAUAAACUUAAAAACUUAAGAAGAACAAUAGUGGGCUUGCUGGAUCAAACCCACUAAUAAUAGAUUCAGAGUAUUCACUGAACAUUCUAGAACAGUGUGAUUGUUACAGACAAGUUCCAGAAUUUUGUGGCAUUCAACCAUGACAACUUCGGUUUCAUUCUAAAGGUGCUUGUGAAAACAACAAAAGCAUCUGCAAAACAACAGCAAAACUAAUCAGAGAACUAACAGUGAGAUAACAUUACUUUCCUGGAUUUCAUUAUAUUUUGAUGAAUUGAUUUGAUGAAAGACUUGACCAUGAAUGGAAUUAUUGAUGGAAGAGAAGGACAAAGGCAGCAAGAGGCAUAGCUUCAUUUAUAACAUGGAUGAUGACGAGACUAUCUCUCUUACUGACAGGCGUCCCCAGUCAGGAUAUGAAAAUGUUUACAGUGACUAUGGCUGCUGUGAGAGAGUUGUGAUCAACGUAUCGGGUCUGAAGUUUGAGACCCAGUUAAAGACUCUUGCUCAGUUCCCGAACACUCUCCUGGGGGAUCCCGAAAAGAGAAUCAGGUAUUUCGACCCUCUUCGCAUCGAAUACUUUUUUGACAGGAACCGACGAAGCUUCGAUGCCAUUCUGCACUAUUACCAAUCAGGGGGGCGAUUAAAGAGACCCUCUAAUGUUCCAUUUGACAUAUUUUUGGAGGAAGUUAAGUUCUAUGAACUAGGAGAGGAGGCAGUGCAGAAGUUUCAAGAAGAUGAGGGCUUUGUGAAAGAAGAAGAGAAACCGCUACCAGAGAACAAAUUCAAACGUCAAAUGUGGCUCUUGUUUGAGUACCCGGAGAGCUCCAACCCAGCCAAAGGCAUUGCUGUUGUGUCCGUUUUGGCCAUUGUGAUAUCAAUAACCAUCUUCUGUAUGGAAACAAUGCCAGAAUUCAAGAUUGACAUCCCUAAGACCAACUCUUCUCAUGCUGAUAGUCAUCUACUGCCUUUCCACAACCCGUUUUUCAUUGUGGAGUCAGCAUGCAUUGCUUGGUUUUCUCUUGAGGUGAUAGUGCGCUUUUUCGCCUGCCCAAGUAAACUGGAAUUUUUUAAAAACCUGCUGAACAUCAUUGAUAUUGGGUCCAUUUUGCCUUAUUUCGUCACACUCAUGGCAGAAAAUUCUGAUGAACAGAACGCCAGUCAACCCUCUGGACACACAAGUCUGACCAUCCUGAGAAUAAUGCGCUUGGUCCGAGUGUUCCGCAUCUUUAAACUGUCCCGCCACUCCAAGGCGCUGAAGAUGCUCGGGAACACGUUCCGCGCCAGCGUCCGAGAACUUGGCCUGCUCAUCUUUUUCCUCCUCAUCUGCGUCAUCCUCUUCUCCAGCGCCAUCUACUUCGUUGAGUCCGCUCACCCCAAGUCUCAGUUCCGCAGCAUCCCCGAGGCCUUCUGGUGGGCCAUCAUCACCAUGACAACGGUCGGCUACGGCGACAUAUGCCCCAUAACGGCCGGCGGGAAGAUCGUGGGCUCCCUGUGUGCGGUCACCGGCGUGUUGACCCUAGCCUUGCCUGUCCCCAUCAUCGUCUCCAACUUCACACACUACUACAGUAUGAUGAACAGAGGCGCGCACAAGCAGGAGAUAGAGGAGCGGUCAGCCAGCUGCAUGGCCUUCAUGAAGAGGCGCCCGGGGGCAUCCAUGUCCCGUUCGUCCAUCGAACCUGCGGACAAUUAGAAGCCCAGCACCACCUCCAGGAUCGUCUAGGCCCCCUAUGGACACAUUUAGAAUGGAUAAAUCUCUUUGUUUUGCUAAUAAAGAAAGUAUCUGGA